CAUCUGUGUGGGCAACAGCGUGAACGCGCAGACAGUCGCGCGCUCCCGUGCGAUCGCAAUAGAAAACAAAGCUAUCCGUGCGCUUCCAUUACAGCUAGCGGGGCAAACCCAAGAACACAGCUCCCUCUGCAUGCACACCCAAGAUGGGUCUGCAGAUCAUCUGAGGGCCUUUGAAAGCGGGGCCUGUUUUGUGAGGGCAGCCAGCCAGCUGAAGUCAGCGAAACGUCUCGGGUUUUUUUCCCCCCGGAUCGCUUUUGUUUCUUAGCCGCGGUUAGCAGCACAGCCACAAUCAUUGUCAUUUCUGCUGCGAGCUGCCGAAGGAAAACACAUCGCCAUGUUGUUAUCGGAGGGGCUCAGUGAAUAAGGCGAACCCUUAAGCGUGUGGAGGAGAUAAUCUCAUCGUUAGAGCCGAACCCGAGUCCUCAGCCGCUGCUGCCUGACUGACAGACAUGGCGGAGCAGAGCUACUCCUGGGCGUACUCCCUUGUCGACUCCAGCCAGGUGUCAACCUUCCUCAUCUCCAUCCUCCUCAUCGUUUAUGGCAGCUUCAGGUCAUUAAACAUGGACUGUGAGAACCAGGAGAAGGACAAGGACGGAAACCCCACCACCGGCUCCUUCAACAAUGCCAACUCUAACAACAGUAUUCAGACCAUAGACUCCACACAGGCGCUGUUCUUGCCCAUCGGAGCCUCUGUGUCUCUGCUCGUCAUGUUUUUCUUCUUCGACUCGGUUCAGGUGGUGUUCACCAUAUGCACUGCAGUUCUAGCUACCAUCGCGUUUGCAUUCCUCCUGCUGCCGAUGUGCCAGUAUCUGACCAAACCCUGCUCCCCACAGAACAAGAUCUCGUUCGGCUGCUGUGGCCGCUUCACGUUGGCGGAGCUGCUGUCGUUUUCGCUCUCUGUCAUGCUGGUUCUCAUCUGGGUGCUGACGGGCCACUGGCUGCUCAUGGACGCUCUUGCCAUGGGUCUCUGUGUGGCCAUGAUAGCAUUUGUGCGGCUGCCUAGUCUCAAGGUGUCGUGCCUGCUGCUGUCAGGCCUCCUCAUCUAUGAUGUGUUCUGGGUCUUCUUCUCCGCCUACAUCUUCAACAGCAACGUGAUGGUGAAGGUGGCGACGCAGCCUGCCGACAACCCCCUCGACGUGCUCUCACGCAAGCUGCACCUGGGCCCCGGCAUGGGUCGGGACAUCCCCCGCCUCUCCCUGCCAGGAAAGCUGGUGUUCCCCAGCUCCACGGGCAGCAGCCACUUCUCCAUGCUGGGCAUCGGUGAUAUCGUCAUGCCUGGCCUGCUGCUGUGCUUCGUGCUCCGAUACGACAACUAUAAGAAACAGGCCAACGGAGAAGUGCCCGGUUCUGUCAACAUGUCCGGCCGCAUGCAGCGGGUUUCCUACUUCCACUGCACCCUCAUUGGUUACUUUGUUGGUCUGUUGACUGCAACCGUGGCCUCUCGCAUUCACCGCGCGGCCCAGCCUGCCCUCCUGUACCUGGUGCCCUUCACCCUGCUGCCUCUGCUCACCAUGGCCUACCUGAAGGGAGACCUACGGCGCAUGUGGUCCGAGCCCUUCCACACCAAGUCCAGCAGCUCCCGCUUCCUGGAGGUAUGAUACAGCUCCGACCAGCACAAGUACCCACCGACCCACCCACCCACCCACCGGAGAGAGAGAGAGAGAGAGAGAGAGAGAGGUCGGAAGAGAGGAACAGCACUCGUCUUCUCAUCGUCCCUCAUUCCCGUUGUCAUCCUCUAGCCAGUGGAUGAACAGCUGUUCGCGGACUUCACUGCCAGAUGGAUUCAUGCGCUCCUCACGUCUCCAAUCAUACAUGUGUUUUUUUCCUCUACCUCUUUUCUUUCUCAGCUCCAUUCCACCUUUAUCACGCCACCUUCCCCUCUCUAUCUUCCUUCUAUCCCAUCAACCCUUUCCUGUUCCCCCGGACUCAGCCACAUGUUACCGGAUCGCUCGUCGUCUGGACAUGAACCGGAGCUCCUUUGAGCUCCAAGUGUGUUUCCAUUUGUACCGUUUGGCAUCAUUAUGGAUUUACAGACUGAGACUUCUUUAUUAUUUCCUGCUCUAAACGAACUGUGGAUGAGGAACGUAGAUUCUGCCACAGCUUGGGAUGUCGAUGACCCUGUAAGGGACCAGCACACAGUAGAGGACAGCCUCGUUUUCCCCGUUCCUUCUCUCUUCCUCUUUCCCUUUCUGAUAAACCCAACCCGCAUCCAUCCCUCCCU